AUGUCUGCAAUUCCCGAUUAUGGAGGCAGUCUCCCUAAGAAGUAUCGAGUUGAUUCAGUUGAAAACAUAGCGGAAUUAGGUAUCAAGAAGCUUUUUCGCAUGGUUAUUCUUGGACCAUCGUUUUCCGGGAAGAACAACCUCUGUUAUCAUAUUCUCAAAUCAUCUCCGCAUGUGUUUAGUCAUCUUCAUAUCAUUGCUCGAAACCCUCAUCAGGAUCUAUAUGACUAUUUACGCGAUAAGCUUGAGGGAUUUAUAUCAUUUUACGAACCUGAUCAACCGCCUAAGGUAGAUGCCAUCCGACGGACUCCUGGCGAUAAGCCAGAGCUUGUCAUCAUCGACGACUAUAGCAACGAUAAAAACCUUCAGAAGAAUGUAUUCAGUCAUUACUUUACCAGAGGUCGGCAUUUCAAAUUGAGUACCAUAUUCCUAAGCCACAGCUGGUUUGCAACGGACAAGAUGAUUAGAUUGAAUACGGAAUACGUCGCGAUCCUCCGAGCAAACUCUCGUCGGGAUUUGAAGCUACUUAUCACCGACUUUAACAUACCAGGCCAGAUGCUCUUUAUCGAUAGUGUCAAGGGUCAAAUACGCUAUAACUUUGAUACUUUCGUACAUAUCGAGGAUAAAAAAAAUUGGUGA